CACACAACCUGCACCGGUGCGCUUCACUAGCAAACUAAACUGCUACGUCUUUUACAACUUAUCCACCAUAAACACAAGACUGUUACAACAACGGAACGACAUCGGAGAGGCUCUACACGGCGCGAUGAACCACAACAGUACUGUUAACCAGAACGUCAGUCUGCCAGCUCCAAACAGCGGCUCGGGGAGCAUUGUAGAUGAGCUGGUUAUCACCUCCACCUUCGGGACCUUGUUGUCGGUCGUCUACAUAGUCGGCGUGACGGGGAAUGUGUACACUCUGGUAGUGAUGUGUCAUUCUAUCCGCUUCGCCACCUCUAUGUACAUCUCAAUCAUUAAUCUAGCGCUAGCGGACCUCCUGUAUCUCUCCACCAUCCCGUUCGUGGUGUGCACCUACUUCCUCAAGGACUGGUACUUCGGAGAUGUGGGCUGCCGCAUUCUCCUCAGCCUGGACCUGCUCACCAUGCACGCCAGCAUCUUUACCCUCACUGUGAUGUGCACGGAGCGAUACCUGGCCGUCACCAAGCCCCUGGACACGGUCUGGCGCUCCAAGAGCUACCGCAAAGCCCUGGCCUGGGGGGUCUGGCUUCUCUCCCUGGUCCUCACCUUACCCAUGACGGUCAUGGUCACAGAGACAACCAAGAGCGCGCCCGACGGAGCAGUGAAGAGGAUGUGCGCGCCAACCUGGGCACCCCGGGCGUAUAAGAUCUACCUGACCGUUUUGUUUGGCACGAGCAUCGUGGCGCCUGGGUUGAUUAUCGGCUAUCUGUAUACAAAGUUAGCCGGCACUUACUUAGAGUCCCAGAAGAACUCGGUCGUCAACAAAAGGAACAUGCGCUCCCCGAAGCAGAAAGUCUUGGUAAUGAUUUUCACUAUAGUUCUGGUGUUCUGGGCGUGUUUCCUUCCGUUCUGGAUAUGGCAACUGUUCCCGUUGUACCACAACAAACCGUUAAGCCUAGCCUCUAACACGCGCACCUGUAUUAACUACCUGGUGGCCUGUCUCACCUACACCAACAGCUGCAUUAACCCUUUCCUCUACACCCUCCUCACCAAGAACUACAGGGAGUACCUGAAGAACAGACACAAGAGCUUCUACCGCUACACCUCGUCGUUUAAGAAGCGUACUCCCAGCUUGUAUUCCUGCGGGAAGUCGGCAUCCUCCUCGAAUCAGUUUGAGUUUAACUCGGAGACGCUGGUGAUGGGGACUGUGAGGGGACAGAGUCCUCCAGGUCUACAGGUGACACUGGCAUACAGAGGUGAUGGGCAUGGCGGGGUCUGCGACGGCGUGGGCACAGGUGAAGGAGACAGUGAUGGUGUAGAGCGUUCCCCACGAGACCUGCUCUACGUGGUGAAGGUUCUCUGA